AUGAGUUCAGAUAUGUUGUCUGAAGAAGAGCGUCAACUUAUUGAAGCUAAACGAAGAAAAGCACUUGAGUCCCGUAAUCGUCAUGUUAGUGGGUCAGUUAACUCAAUACCCACAGAUACUAAGCAGAAUGUACUUAUUAGCCAGUCCAUAUCGAACCAAAGUAAUCGUGGUGUAACACAAGCUGCGAAACUAGGACAAGAUUUCAUGCGUAUGGCUAGAGCUUGGACUAGUACUAGUAACCCAACUACCCUAAAAGUCACUUCAAAUCCUAUCAAGCAACAAACUUUGCAAGCUAAACAGAAUACUAUGCCAAAGGUCAAUACAAAUCCUGUCCCUUCGAAAGAUUCUCUCCCUCUUAGUGACGCAUUUAUUACAAAGACCAACACAGUGAAUGUACUGUGUACAUUGUGCUCACCUAGAAGAUUUGAAGUAAAUGCACGGUAUCACGCUGGAUUAACCCAGUUAUUCAAAACUAUGGAUUCUAAACAGUAUGAUUCUCAAACAAGAAAAUGGUCAUUCGACUUAUCAGAUUAUAAUGAUUUUGUAAAGAAAGUCAAUGCUAUUGAUGAAUUACAUUUGGAAGGACUUCCGUAUGCUGUUCUUAAAAUUUUCCGUAGUAAACUUUCAUCUAAACAAGCAGUGAAUAGUGUACAAGAUCAUGAUAUAUACAGUGAAAUUGAUCAUAGCAUGUUGAAGGAUAGAAUACCGGAUGAUUUACUGGCAACUUUGUUUCCGUUUCAGAAAGAUGGUGUAUGCUUAGCUCUAAAAAGAUCUGGUCGUGUAUUAUUAGCCGAUGAUAUGGGUCUUGGCAAAACUAUCCAAUCAUUAGCUAUUGCAUCAGCGUAUUACUCUGAGUGGCCAUUAUUAAUUAUUGCACCAUCAUCUGUACGCUUUUCAUGGAGGGAUCAAAUUAUUCGUUGGCUUGGAAAAGGAUUAGACUUAAACUUAACGCAUAUUACUGUUGUUAAUUCAGGGAAGGAUAUUGUUGGUGAUUCUAGUUCAUUCAGUUCAUCACUUAUAACUAUAAUUAGUUAUGAUUUAAUGAGUCGAUAUGGAAAAGAAUUACUUAGACGACGGUAUGGUGUUGUUAUUGCUGAUGAAUCUCAUUUCUUAAAAAAUAUGAAAGCUGCUCGAACGAAGGCUGCAACACCAAUUCUUAAGUGGGCUAAAAGAGUUCUACUUCUAUCUGGAACCCCUGCCAUGUCAAGACCAGCUGAGUUAUUUCCUCAAGUUUCCAUCAUUGCUCCUGAUCUUUUCCAAGGUGGUUUUCAUGAAUUUGGUCUGCGGUACUGUUCAGCUAAAGAAUGUCCUUGGGGCUGGGACUAUUCUGGUUGUUCGAAUAUGACUGAAUUACAAUUAGUUUUGGAGAGAUCGAUCAUGAUCAGACGCGUAAAAACUGACGUACUGUCACAGUUACCAGCUAAACGUCGUGAGUUAGUUGUACUAGAUCCAAGUAUUAUCAAGAAAGGAAGUCUUGGUCGACAUGCUAAAACAAUGUUAACCAAUAAAUUAUCUAGUAACGAGAAGCGUUCUGCACUUUUUGAGUACUUCCAUGCAACUGGUUCAGUGAAGCUCCCUGCUAUCGAACAAUAUGUAUUGGAUUUAAUCGAAUGUGACCACAAAUUCCUACUUUUUGCCCACCAUACACAUGUCUUGGAUGGUCUUGAUAAAUCAUUAUCAGAAAAGGGUAUACGUUUUAUUCGUAUUGAUGGCCGUACAAAUUCUGAACAACGUUCUGUUGUUUGCCAAAAGUUUCAAAAAGAAGAAGACUGUCGGGUAGCAUUGCUUUCGAUUACUGCAGCUGGUACAGGUCUGCAUUUAACUGCUGCUAAUUUAGUCAUAUUUGCUGAACUGUUUUGGAAUCCUGGUGCAUUAGUUCAAGCUGAAGAUAGAGCUUAUCGAAUUGGACAGGUUGAUUCAGUGCUAAUACGUUAUUUGAUUGCCGAGCAGACUGCAGAUGAUUUUAUUUGGCCUCUUGUCGAGCGUAAACUGGAAGUGUUGUCGAAAGCCGGUUUGAAUCGAGAAACCUUUCGAAUGGUUGAUUCUACUAGACUUGGUUCAAAUACACCGGAACAACAGAAGAUCUUAGAUUACUUUAAGCGGGAAUUGAAUGAUUUUGAAGAUUGGGAGAAUUUUGAUACUGUCCUAUCAUCUAUCAAUGAUGAUAUAAACUUAGAACCUCAGAAAUCAAUAACUAAUGAUGAUAACAGUAGUAAUGAGGAGAAUAAUGAAACGUCAAUUUGUCGAACAAAAUCUUCCCAACCGAAAGUCAUCAGUCUCUUCAGCUCCAAAUCCCAACUAUCAUUAAGUGUUUCAGUUGAUGAGUCGAAAAAACAUCGUCUCUUAGUUCCUUCUUCACCAGAGUCAAAUCAUUCUGAAACAUUUUCUCAUAAAAGUGACAAUGAAAAUGAACAAACUGACAAUAUACUGUGGACUGAAGAUUUUGUUGAACAGUUGGACGAGUCGGAUGUAGUAAUUACGAAUGCUGAAGGGCUUUCUGUCAAUGAGAAUUGUGAUGAUGAUGAUGAUGAUGAUGAAAAUUUGUUGUCAGCGGCUGUUAAAGUUGCUGAAGCAGCUGAAGUCGACUGGCUUACUGAAGGUCUUAUUAAAGAAGGUGAUAUUGAUAUUGAAGAGGAUAUGUAG